UUUAAGUACUCGCAACCCACUUUACUUAAUGCACAACCAACCAACAUACUCUCUCUCUCUCUCUCUCUGCAACCCAGUCACCAAAAUUUGCGGAGCGACGCAAGGCCACCGAGAGAGCGAGCGUCGCCGACGAGCUGGCGGACGAGCGGAUCUCGAGAAGAUGUACGGCAAAUCCAUCGCCCUCUCCCUCGGCCUGGGCUUCCUCCUCCUCCUCAUCACGUACUCCAUCAUCAUCGGCUCCGUCGACAUCCGAUCCUACUUCUUCCCCCCGCUGCAAUCCUCGCCCGGCGCCGGCGCCUGCGCGAACGAUGCCGGCUCCUCGGCCCCCCUCCGGGUCUACAUGUACGAUCUCCCCCGGCGGUUCCACGUGGGCAUGAUAAACCGCCGUGGCGCGGACGAGUCGCCGGUGACGGCGGGGAACUUCCCCCCGUGGCCCCGCAACUCCGGGUUGAAGAAGCAGCACGGCGUGGAGUACUGGAUGAUGGCCUCGCUCCUCUACGACGGCGACGGCGGCGGCGGUGGCGGGAGGGAGGCGGUUAGAGUCUUGGAUCCGGAAUCGGCUGACGCUUUCUUCGUGCCGUUCUUCUCUUCGUUGAGCUUCAACACUCACGGCCAUAACAUGACGGAUCCGGCGACAGAGAUUGAUCGCAAGCUGCAGAUUGACCUUCUGGAGUUCUUGCGGCAAUCCAAAUAUUGGCAGAGAUCUGGAGGCAGAGACCAUGUAAUUCCUAUGACACACCCAAAUGCUUUCAGAUUUCUUCGGGAACAGGUGAACGCAUCUAUUCUUAUUGUUGCAGAUUUUGGUCGCUUCUCUAAAACCAUGUCAAAUUUGAACAAAGACGUGGUGGCUCCAUAUGUACAUGUUGUGGAUUCUUUUUUAGAUGAUGACACUGUUGACCCGUAUGGGUUGCGCCCCCUGCUUCUAUUCUUCCGUGGGAGGACAAUCAGGAAAGAUGAGGGGAUUGUUCGUGCUAAAUUGGCAAAAAUAUUAGCUGGUUAUGACGACGUUCAUUACGAGCGCAGUAUUGCAACUGUUGAAAGCAUCAAAAUGUCCACUCAAGGAAUGCGUUCAUCGAAGUUCUGUCUGCAUCCAGCUGGAGAUACUCCAUCAUCAUGCCGGCUUUUUGAUGCCAUUGUCAGCCACUGUGUUCCUGUCAUCGUUAGUGAUCAGAUUGAGCUCCCAUAUGAGGAUGAAAUUGACUAUUCCCGGUUCUCGAUUUUCUUCUCAGUCAAGGAGGCACUUACACCAGGUUACAUGGUUGAACAACUGCGGCUGUUCCCAAAAGAGAGAUGGAUGGAAAUGUGGAAGCAGAUUAGAACAAUUUCCCGUCACUAUGAAUUCCAGUACCCCCCAAAGAAGGAAGAUGCUGUGGACAUGCUAUGGAGACAGGUAAAGCACAAGCUUCCUGGGGUCAAACUUGCUGUUCAUAGAAACCGAAGGUUAAAAAUUCCAGAUUGGUGGGGGCGAAGGAGAUGACAGGGAGGAGCUUGCUGUUAAGACACUGUACAUCUACGUUCUCUAUCAUUAUAGCAGUGCCCUUACAAGAAUCGACAAGAUGCAGAGACCUUGCCAAACACAAUCAGCGGCAUUUUUAACUGAUCGUGAUCUGUUAAUUGGAUCUCAUUUUCUUUCCUUACUUCCCAAUCUUGUAGUCUUCCACCAAGAUUUUUGUAGCAACUUCUGCUUGUUGAUGUCUAGCAAAUAUUGUGGAGGCUAUAUCCAUGUACAGUGUCUGUCGGGAUUGGCCUCUGUCUUUUUAGCUCUCUAUGCUUCUUUAGCUGCAGAGGAUGUGCAAGUUGACUGUUAUUGGGAUUUUGUAUCAUUCUGCAGAAGAAACGAUUGUCCAUUCUUUUGUUCAUUACAAAUACAUGAAGUUGUUGCCCCUGUGUGAUCA